AUGCGGCAAAAUCGGGUAAAUGUCGAACCAUUGCCCAGGGUGAUCAUAAUGACAACCCCCACCGCUUCUACCCAGAAACUGACGCCUCUGCUUUUCCUCGAGCGCAGCGCCGCCGUGUAUCCGCACCGAGCGGCGUGCAUCUAUAACGGCGCCGUCACUACCUACGCUCUGUUUUACGAACGCGUGUGCCGCCAGGCGGCCGCUCUGCGCAGUGUUGGCGUGGGUCCCGGCGAUCGUGUCGCUUUCCUGCUGCCGAACCUGCCUUCCAUGCUCGAAGCCAACUUCGGACCCAUGGGCAUCGGCGCCGUGUUGGUCGCCCUGAACAUUCGCCUCUCGCCCCGCGAGAUUGCCUACAUCCUCAACCACUCCGGUUCAAAGGUGCUCGUCUUCGACUCCGAGCUGGCCGACACCGUGCGCCAGUUGCGUGAUGACUGUCCGGGCGUCGAGACCUACGUCCAGGUGCGGGAUACCACGCCCUUGGCUACGGACAUCCCCGGCCCAGAAUACGAACAGUGGCUCGCCUCAGUGGACCCUCUCCCUGAGCUCCUUGGACCGGCCACCGAGAACGAUACUCUCACCAUCAAUUACACCUCCGGCACCACCGGUAUGCCCAAGGGUGUCGAAUACACCCCUCGUGGCGCCUACCUCAACGCCCUCGGCGAGGCCAUGGAAAUGGGCAUGAACUGGCGAAGCAUCUACCUGUGGACGCUGCCCAUGUUCCACGCCAACGGCUGGUGCUUCCCCUGGGCCGUGACCGCUGUUGGUGGGGCCCAUGUCUGCUUGAGACGCGUUGAACCCGCCGAGGUGUACCGCCUCAUUCGCGAGGAAUCCGUCACCCACCUGUGCGCCGCUCCCACCGUGCUCACUGGUCUCUACGCCGCGCCCGAGGCCGCCUCUGCAGACCUCUCCGGCCUGACCAUCAUGACCGCCGGCGCCCCUCCCGCUCCCCAGGUCAUCCGUACCGUCGAGGGCAUGGGCGCCGAGAUCAUCCAUGUCUACGGCCUGACCGAGACCUACGGCCCCUGCACCGUCGCGGCCGGCCAGCCCGAUUGGGACACCAUGGACAGCGAGGACUUGGCUCGCGUCAAGGCCAGGCAGGGCGUCCCCUUCAUCGUGUACGGCUCGGGUCUCCGCGUCGUCGACGAGGAAAUGGCUGACGUCCCCCGCGACGCCGAGACCAUGGGCGAAGUCGUCAUGCAGGGCGACGCCGUGAUGAAGGGCUACUACGACGACGCGGACGCCACCGCCGAGGCCUUCCGCGGCGGUUGGUUCCAUUCCGGCGACCUUGCCGUGCGCCACCCGGACGGUUACAUCGAGCUGCAGGACCGGUCCAAGGACAUCAUCAUCUCCGGCGGCGAGAACAUCUCCAGCCAGGAAGUUGAAAAGGUCAUCAUGGAACAUCCCGGCGUGCUCGAGGUCUGCGUAGUUGGCGUGCCCGACCAGCGCUGGGGCGAGGUUCCCAAGGCCUUCGUGGUGCCGCGCGGUGGCGGCCAACUGACGGCCGACGAGAUCAUUGAUUUCACCCGCGACCGCAUCGCCCACUUCAAGGCGCCCAAGAGCGUCGAGUUCGGCGACCUGCCCAAAACUGCUACCGGCAAGAUCCAGAAGUACAUCCUUCGGGAUAAGGAAUGGCAGGGCCAGGAGCGCCGCAUCCAGGGUUCGCAGGUGUAA